AUGGUGAUGGCACAGGACAUUCCAUUUUCAGACCAAAACCUAGCGUCUGAAGAGAGCAUGUGGAGCUUGUAUGAGAGGUGGCGCAGCGCAUACACCACGUCGCUGGACCUCACCGAUAAGAACAGAAAAUUCAAGACGUUCAUAGAGAACGCCAGGUAUAUUAAUGACUUCAACAAGAAGAAGGACAUGACCUAUACACUUGGGCUCAACAAGUUCGUUGACAUGACUAUCGACGAGUUCACCACCAUGUACACUGGUGCCAAGGUGGACACCACCGCAGCAACAGUGUUGGGGCCUUUGGCUCCAGAGGCUGAGAAGGAGCUAUUGGAUGAUGUGCCGGCCUCCUGGGACUGGAGACAACAUGGAGCGGUCGCUUCCGUUAGGAACCAAAGUCCAAAGUCCAUGAGGUAG